GACAAGUUGGAAACUGCCAAAAACAUCGGCUUCAGCACACGCGUUCUCAGUUCGAGCAUGGAAAUCCUCACCCUAGACGUUGCGGACCGGAAAGCUUUCAAGGACGACAUAGAAACGUUGCGGAUGAAUGCUUUGCAGGCCACCAACAAUGGGGUGACCGUGGCCCUCAUCGUGACGGGCCAUGCUCUGGAGGAGAUCAUGCGACGGGAGAAAUCCUCGGAGAACAGCAGCGAAAGGAGUUUGAGCCCCCAAAAACUGCUGUCCAAGGGCAGAUACCAAGAUCUCUUUUUGGAGGUGGCCGUGGUAUGCUCGGUGGUCAUCGCCUGUCGGGUCUCACCACUGCAGAAAUCUGAAAUGGUGACGCUGGUCAGGAAGGGUAUUUCGCCCUCCCCGGUGACCUUGGCCAUUGGUGAUGGCGCCAAUGACGUUCCCAUGCUCCAGGAAGCUCAGGUUGGUGUUGGCAUCUCUGGCAGAGAGGGUAGGCAAGCGGUGAACUCCGCGGACUUUGCCAUCUCGCAGUUCCGGCCGGGGGUCCCAACCGUAUUUGGCCCGGCUCAUGCUUGUACAUGGACGGUGGAACUACCGACGUGCAUGCAAGUUUGUGAUCUACAGCUUUUGGAAGAACGCUGUGUCUUGUUGAUGUUCUACUACACCUUUGUCUCUGGAUAUGCAGGUCAAAGUCUCUUUGAGGAUAUGGUCCGUGCUUCCUACAACUUCGUGCUGGCCGCACCCAUCAUCACCACGGGUGUUUUCGAUCAGGAUGUCACGGAAGAACAAGCCAUGGCUGACCCUCGCUUGUAUGUAAGCGGCCGCGAAGGCUCGGAUCUGAAUGCCACGAAACUGAUCGAGAUGCUUCUUUCGGCGGCCGUUCAUUCCUGCGUCAUUGGCUUUGUCAUGUUAAUGGUUUACCAUGACAUGUCCAUCCUUCACGCUGGUGAUUACUACACCUUUGGAACAACAGUAUUUUCUGUUCUUUUGGUCUCCAUGAACUACAGGGCAGCUUUUGUAACAAGGACCUGGAACUGGGUAACACUUGCAGGACAAGCUUGUUCCUUCUUCCUUUACUUGCUCUUUCUGCUGCUGUACUGCAACGUGGAGUGGAUGACGCAGCAUUUCCAGCCUUGGAUGUACAAAGUGCCCAACACAAUGGCCACCAGCCCUCACCUUUGGAUUUGCGUCAUCACAUUGCCCGCGCUCGCAAUGGUUAUCGAUGUUUUCAAGGCGCACCUGUUGAGCGAAUUCUACCCGGACCGUGCUGAAGUGGUUCUGGAGCAGUGGAAGCUGAAGGCGGAGUCGGAGUGCAAAGAUGAGGAAGACCAUAGCCAUCAGAAUAUUCUCAGGAGCCAGACGACCACCAGUCGCAUGUCAGGCUAUGAUUUUGCGCACCCGGGAGGUGAGCCGAGGCAAGUUAGGGACUUUGUGAAUCCACACCCCACCGCCGGAGAUUUGUCCUUGAUCGACGCCGAACGAUCCCACGUUUCGGAGACGUCCAGGAGCAUGACAGCUCAUCAGCAGCUGGAGGAGUCUCAUUCCAGUGAGGAGGACUCCCAAGGCUGUGAAACUGUUGGACCUAGCAACUAUCCUGAUAGUUCAUCUUUUGCGCAGCAGAAGAUUCCCCACAUUCAGGUGGAAUGGAAUGCACUGAAGGUAAUGUUUGCUGCGACAGUGGUCGGCAUCAUCUUGCUGCUGCUGAGCCUGCUCGCGAACCAAAUUGGCGAGAGCGCCGUUGAGAUCUCCAUCCAUUACAACUCCACAGUUCCCGUGGUCCCGGUGGUCGCUGUGCAGCUUGCAACGGUGCUUCAUGCACCUUGCGAAGGCAAAACCUGUAGGCUAGAAGUGGUUAUACCUGAGGACAUGCCAGCUCCCAUCAAGCUGAUGUACAACUUAAACCCGUUCUACCAGAACUAUCCCAACUACAUCCUGUCAGGUAGUAGGAAAGGGGCCUGGCCGCAGUUGACAGGUGAGUUUUUGCAGGGUGGAGAUCUGGAGAAGCAGUGCCCCGUGGAGGCAACACGCCUAGCGCCUUCAGGGGCAAUUCUGGAUCCUUGCGGCCUGCAGGCUUGCAGCUUCUUCAACGAUGUCUUCAGGCUGAAGAAAGCUGAUGGCCAGGACUUGGUGAUAAACCAGGAUCACAUCGCCUCACCGGACGAUCUCGAGAGGAUGAAGAACCCACCCGACUAUCCCAACACGCUCCCGGGUGUUGUUGUUGAUUGGCUCUACAAGCGAUAUCCUGAGGUCAUUUCUGUGACCGAGGGGGUCAGGAAUCAGCGCUUUGUUGACUGGAUGAGGCCAGCAGCACUGCCCAGCUUGCUGAAGGGCCUUGGCCAAUUAGAUGAGCCUUUGAGCAAGGGCCAGACUGUCCUGGUAGAGAUUGACUUGAGAUUUCCAGCUUCGAACAUGGAUGUACAGAAGAAGCUGGUCAUGAUAAGCCCAAGUGGUCUUGGAGGUGACUCUCAAGUGCUUAGCUCUUUUCUCUUCUAUGCAGGAGUUGCAUGCUUUAUCAUUGCGGUCAUUGUCUUUUGUUGUGAGAAGCUCUGCAAGCGUCCGCUUGGUCAUCCGCGAUUCCAGCGGAUGAGAAUUGCUUGUGAGGACGAAAGUAGAGAAAGUAGCUCCAGUGACAGUGACGGAACAGUUUAG